AGGACGCCCUGCUCGAAGCCGCGAGGAUCAACAACGUCUCCGAAGUGGAGAGGCUGCUCCUGGAAGGUGCGGAUGUGAACGCGCGCCACGCGCUCGGCUGGACGCCGCUCAUGGUGGCCGCCAUCAACGGCAACGCCAGCGUCGUGAAGAUCCUGCUGGCGGCCGGUGCCGAUCCCAACCUCGGUGACGACUUCAGCAGCAUCUACGAGACGGCCAAGGAGAAGGGCCUGCAUUCCCUGGAAGUGCUCAUCGCGCGCGAGGACGACUUCAGCGCCCGGCUCAACGUGCGCGCCAGACCCGCGCCGGAGCGGGCCCGGAUGGCACCGCGCGGCGGGACCGUCGCGGACGUCCCCGAAGGAGGUGCCAACCCGCUCCAGAAGAACGACCUGGGCCACACGCCGCUGGAUUACGCGCGGGAAGGGGAGGUCAUGAAGCUCCUGAAAGCCUCCGAGACAAAGUUCCAGGAGGAGCAGCGCCGGAGGGAGCUGGAGGAGCGCCGGCGCUUCCCGCUGGAGCAGCGGCUCCGGGAGCACAUCAUCGGGCAGGAGAGCGCCAUCGCCACCGUGGGAGCAGCUAUCCGGAGGAAGGAAAACGGCUGGUACGACGAGGAGCACCCGCUGGUCUUCCUGUUCUUGGGAUCCUCGGGAAUAGGUAAAACGGAGCUGGCCAAGCAGACCGCCAAGUACCUGCACAAGGACGUCAAAAAGGGUUUCAUCAGGCUGGACAUGUCCGAGUUCCAGGAAAGGCACGAGGUGGCCAAGUUCAUCGGCUCGCCGCCGGGCUACGUGGGCCACGAGGAGGGCGGGCAGCUCACCAAGCGGCUGCGGCAAGGGAGCUGCAGGGAUGCGGGGACCAGCCACAAGGACACAUCCAUCCCAGGACAAAGCGGCUCCCGGAUCCCGGCCAACCUCGGAGCGCCGCUCCCGGCCCUGCCGCUCCCAUUCCCGCCGCUUUCCUUGCAGGGCCGCCUGACGGACGGAAAAGGGAAGACCAUCGACUGCAAGGAUGCCAUCUUCAUCAUGACGUCCAACGUGGCCAGCGAGGAGAUCGCGCAGCACGCGCUGCAGCUGCGCCAGGAGGCCCUGGAGAUGAGCAAGAAGCGCCUGGCGGAAAACCUGGAGGACGUGCAGAUGAGCGACAAGAUCACCAUCUCCAAGCAGUUCAAGGAGAAGGUGAUUCGCCCCAUCCUGAAGGCUCACUUCCGACGGGACGAGUUUCUGGGCAGGAUCAACGAGAUCGUCUAUUUUCUGCCCUUCUGCCACUCGGAGCUCAUCCAGCUCGUCAACAAGGAGCUCAAUUUUUGGGCCAAGAAGGCCAAGGCCCGGCACAACAUCACCCUGCUGUGGGACACGGAGGUCAUGGACGUGCUGGCCGACGGCUACAACCUGCACUACGGAGCCCGCUCCAUCAAGCACGAGGUAAAACGGGAGCGGGGAGAGCGCGCGGGUGACACGAGUGCUCGGGGACAGGACAAGGGGUGA